UUAAAAUACAGUUGCGUGUGACUAGGUAUUUUGAGCUGACAAGAGCACAGAUGUUGAAACCACACACAAUUUAUCUACUGAAUUAACUGUAAGUUACUGUUAAUUUUGUAUUAUAUAUCUCAGGCAUGUUUUAGUUAUGUAUGGGCCAAUAUAUACAGGUGACUCAAACAUGUUUACCAGCUCUUUCAGGAUAAAUUUGCCAUGAUCGUGACAGACCGCACGUCUUCGACCUCAAAUAAAAUACUCUCGCGUCGCCACCUGGGAUAAAUUAAAAAAGCGUUUACAUCACACGCUAAAAAUUUAUGAACGUCAACAAGGGUCCCAACUCUUUUGAAAACUCCAUAAUGCAACUUUGACACGAGGGACUCUUCAGUGUUUACCUGUUUCACAUGAUAAAGGAUCGGGAGGGGAAAAGGACUGUUGAAAAUUUCGAAAAAUGACCUCUAAUUGGCAAGUUCCCUUUUGUGAGCAUCUAAGUCGCUGGAUCUAUUAUGACAUUCAAGUAACAUAAGGCAAAAUAACCAAACAAACGGGUAAAGUUCAGUGAAAUUCUAAGAAGAAUUGUUUGUGAUGACAGACAGGCCUGACAGGUUCAGUCGUUGUUUUUCGUUUGAACAGCCUUGUUUAAGUUAUAGCUGAUUUUUCCAACUAUAUAUUCGCAAAUUCGACUGCAAGUCAAAGUUAGGAUCAUAUACAGAAGUUGCUAGUUAUGAUCCUUUAUUAGAAAACGUUGCUCGACAGCCUGAGAAAGUAUUUGUUUUCCAAGUGCUGUGAAUGAUGCAUAUUCAUUUUUUGCUGUCGAUAUUGGAUGCAUGUUUUACUUUCUGGCAAUUGCUGGGGUUAAGAAGGAAACAAAUAAUCUCCGUGGUCUAGGCACAGCAAACGUAUGUCGACGAUCUUACGUAAAAAUAAGGGAAUGUGACCAAUCGAGGAAAAACAAGUACAAUUGACCUUUCAGGGCAAAAUGUACGAAAAAUAUAAUGCUCCGAUGACUCCUCAUAGAUCCUUUUAAAAUAGGCUUGGACGUAAACGUUGCCAACUUCGUUGCCAGAGCUUUUCCUUAAGAAAAUGGGAAAGCCCUGGGAACGAGGUUGAAAAGUUACGAUCCAAGCCAAGUUUAGCUAAUUUUAAAAGGAUUUGUGUGGAGCCGUCAGAGCAUAACGGUGUUUUAUAUAUUUCCUCACCAAUUUACACUGACAAGCUGACUUUUUGGCAAGGGCUUUUCUUUUUUUGCAUCUCGUUCUUUCUGAAUAUGCCAACAGAGCCCUUAAUUUCACAAAUUUGAAUUUUUUAACGCACGUCACACUUUCUUCUCUAUUUUGACUGAUAUUAGCAUUGCUAUUUUAACAUUCUAGCCUACUCUGCUCUAAUUCACCUUCUGAGCGUCAGAUUUCACGUGUAGUUUCACGUGACAUUUGACGACCUUUGUUGUAAACAAACCCUCAAAGUUCGGACAUUCGUUCUCUGCCACAUACUGUACUUGUACGAACUACACUCGCUAUUUCAAGUUUGCGUUAGUUUAUAAAUGUUAUUUCCCUUUCGCUGUUUGAGACUCGAAACGUUUAAGGUUCAAAAAUGUCUGAGCAGAAGAAUAAGAGCGAUUUUAAGGCCAAGAACAUGGCAGAAGUUACGGCAGGAACGAGGAGUGCCUGCAAUGGAAAUUCCGGUCUCAGCAGCUGAAAUGGUGUUAACAUUGGAACUAAACCUCGAAAGAGAUAGAACCGGUGAUGUAGGCAAAUUUCAUGAUACCUACAUAAUUCACAUUUCAAAAUUCAUGAUUACACGCGAAAGCUGAAUCUAUAAAUAGAGUGAAAACGCUAACUCCGAAGCUGCCGGCGCGUUGCGUGACCACUGAAAGACGUCCGACCAUCUGGUCGUCAGUGAAAACGGCCUACGAAAACAGACGUCUCUCCUUCCAGCCUGCCAACGCCCCCUAGAGACGAGGAACAAGGUGAGACGUCUGUAAUUGCAGGCUAAACAGAAGUCAAGCCUAAAUUCGAAAUGCAGUAGUUCAAACGCUCUGUCAAAACCCCGGGGGGGGAUUCCGUAUAUGAAAGGGGUUGGGAUGCUCGUCGUCUCGCCUAGGGGUGUAAAUUUCGGAUUUUGGUCUAGCUUAGGGUGUUCUUGGCGAAACACUAUUAUUUUUAGCCGUAAACGUCUCUUUUAGGGUUGCAAUCGAAGAAAUAUUAAAAAAUUAUAUAUUUUCAAUUCGUUUUAAGUAUUCGAUUCAUGUAAUCAAAGUUUAACAUAAUCACUUUUAGAGGUCAAAAAAGGUUAUGCCACGCCCAGAUUGGUCUCCUUUAGGGGUUUAAUUCAAAAUUUCCGACGAGCAUCCCCACCCCCUUCAUAUGCGGAGUCCCUCCCCCACCCCCGAGGGUCAAAAAAUCAAGUAACUGAUCUAUAUCUUUUAGCUCUUUAUUCAUGAGUAAUGCUGGAGCGGAUUUAUGUUGACUGGUAGAAGGUAAAUGGACUGUUGGAUGACAACAAGAAGACGAAGGAUGCAAAGAAACAGGCUUCUCAAAUUUCUUCUUGUCGUUUUGGCUCUUACCGCGUUUCUUCACUUCAUCGUAUUACCAGCAGCCAGUGGAGGAUACAACGAUGAAUGUUUUAUCCCUGACGAAAAACGUCGAAUUUUAAGGACCAUGGUACAGAAUAUUUCGAAAGUAUUUGACAAAUAUGAUGUAAAAUAUUGGCUUGACUACGGUGAGUUCUUGCUCCAUAAAUAAAUAAAUGAAUAAGUAAAUGAUACAGUCGAACCUUCAUGUACGACCACCUCUCGUACGCGACCGCGGUCACUUUUCAGGGUGACGGUUUUGGCUAGAAUUUCCCCCGGGGGAGAACUCCGCAUAUUAAAGGAGUGGGGAUGCUCGUCGGAAAUUUUGAAUUAAACCCCUAAAGGAGACCGAUUUCGGCGUGGCCGAAGCUUUUUCUGACCCCUAAAAGAGACCAAAAAAAUAUACAUAUCAAAUAUAUAUUGUUAUAUUUUUUCGCGUGCAACCCUAAACGAGACCUUCACGGCUAAAUAUGGUGACGUUUUGCCCAGAACACCCUAAGUGAGACCAAAAUUCGAAAUUUACGCCCCUAAGCGAUAAGACGAGCAUCCCCACCCCUUUCAUAUGCUGAGUCACCCCCCGGGGAAUUUUCCAUUGUUUUGAACCUCUUCUAAGCGACCACCUGACACAAUGGUCUCACUCUGAGUUCACUGCAUGGACUACGCUAUUCAGAGUAUAUUAUUGUAUGAGAAGAACUUUUAGAAACAACAUGGAUUUACCCACAUAAAAACGUAGAAAUUGCAUGCAAUACUUUCUCUCCAAAAAGUACAUGUGCCCGCACUUCUCCUCGUAAAAGACCUCCUGCAGUUCGACUCUCGUAAGCGACCGCCUCCUGUAAGCGACCACAAACUAUUCACGUUUUAGGUAGUCUCCUACGGGAGGCAGGAGCGUAGCCAGCUUUUCGAAUUCGGACUAGUAGUAGGCCUGGCUGACUUUCAUUUCCACAUACCCUAAAAAUUUCACCGUCGCAUGACUAGUACGCACUGACCUCACCAACACAUUGACCUCUUAUACUUUUUAGCUCUCCCCGAAAGCGCAUAAUUUAUUACAAGCGGUAGAGUGAUCAAACCAAAAAUUUGUAGGCCCGGGCCUACAUGUCUAUAGGCUGGCUACACCCCUAAGAGAUUCGAUUGUAAUAUGCCAUUUCCGAGUUCCCCCAGGCCUCUGUUUCAAAACGAGGGUAGGUGCUCAGUCUUUGAUAUGGAAAUCAUUUUUCAUUCUCAUGCAAAUAAAACUCAUUUUCACAAGAAAGGUUGUGCUCCUAGCCUCAUUUUGAAAGUGAGGGUUUUUGGAACUCGGAAGUGACCUAUUUACCAACGUUGUUACCUUCCUGUGUAGGGGUGGUUUUAAUCUGUACUUUCUAUUCAAAGGGGAGGGGUGACGGUUCGUUAUUUGACCUAUACGGGUAUGUGACGCUGAACAGGGUAUGGUUUUAAGGGGCUUAGGUCUUAAGAAGGGCUUCAGCGUCUUCAACAGGAUGUGUUGUUGGACCGGAAGCUUUUAAAAUGUGCGGUCUAUAAAUCUUUGUUACCAACAACUGUUUUUAACAAAUCAAGUUCCAUGGAGUUACUUUUAUAAAUUACUUAAUUCUGUAAGCUAAAGGAAACGAAUCAGGGUAAUACCGAUAAGGUCAAUUGUCCUAAACAGGGUAGCUAAAUGAACUAUUUUUUCCUUAAAGAGCGUCAGGGUUUGAAGGCUUCGGUGGCACACCUCUACACAAACAGUCCCUUGAUUGCCUGCCGGGUUUCUGUUACGAGACAGGGGUAUAACGCGCAUCACCUGAUCAAUUAAUGAUAGCUAAUUAUGAUUGGUGUACUGUAUACUGCCUCUUCCCAGAGAUGUUCAGCACUGUGUUUUUCCAAAAGGUUAUUUACCCUGCCGCUGGCCAUGAAAUUUUACAGCCACCUUUUAGUCAUAUUCAGUUUAAGUCGAAUUUUUAUAUCAUUUCCUAGUGCCUCAUCUCGCCUCCAAAAAUACCAUUGACCAUUUAUAGCUUGAGUGAAAAUCAAACCCCUGAUUUAAAGUUCGCAAUUCACUUAAAUCCAACUCACUCUAUUUUUCUUAAAUGGGAAGUUUUAUCCUUGCUUCAACACUUCGCCUGAGCAAGAGCCAUAAUAGGUCCUAUUAUGGCUCUUGGCAUGAGGUUUAAUUUCUUCGUGUUUGCUUGCCAAUUUUUCUUUCCUAAAGGUGAUGUCACACGGGACGAUUCGCAACGACUAUUUUUAGCGCAGCACAGCGUUGGAACAUUGUUUCGAAUAGCCUAUAACAUUGUUUCAACAUCGCAACGAUGUGUUGUGCUAAAAAUCGUCGUUGCAAAUCCUCCCGUGCGACAUCACAGUAAUAGUGAUAUAUCGCCCCUUGUAAGGGAACCCAGGACAGUCUUGGAUUCUGGAUUCCACGUCGUGGAUUCCGGAUUCAAGGAACUGGAUGCCGGAUUCUUUGUCAGUAGAAUUCGGAUUCGAAUUCAAAUCGUUAUUGGGAUUCCAAAGCCUAGGAUUUGGAAUUCCACAAGAAAAAUUUCCUGGAUUCCGGAUUCCACGGGCAAAGAUUUUCCGGAUUCCGAUAUUCGCAUGGGGCAAUACUUUGACUUCCUUUUCCUUGAAUUCACAUGCAGAAGAAAGCAUGUCUUUUUCAACAGGGAUUCUCUCUUAGCAGUAAUGGAUACUGUAAUUUGACCCAAUGAUCAGCGCCUGCUCUCAUUCCUGGGGCUUUUUGCAGGGAGGGAGGCUAGCACCAGAAAGAUCCUAGAAUUACGACGGAUCAACGUAGCGCCAAACUUUUUCUGCAUUUAGUUUACAUGCAAUGGGAGGUACUUGUCCCUAGUGCUAGAAUCUUCCUAGUACUAGGAAGAGAGGAUAGAAGAUGCUAGUAUUCGGGACAAAUCAGACAAAAAUGGCGGCGGGUCGUUUACUGGAUAAUCACGCUAAAAGAAGCUGACCAUUUCGUUUUGCCUCACCACGAGCUGAUAAUUGUGAUAAUUAUUAAGGCCAGUAUAAAGAGAGUAGAGGAGCCCAAAUUAUAGAAUGGGACCAGGCUCCGCAUUGGCGGAAAAGGCGAGAAAGCGAGGUGAAACAGCAGAAAAAUAAAUCGCCGAACGAAGCGAGCCGAUUUUUUUUUUCCGCCCCCUCCGAUAUUUCUUUAGAGAGAUUAAGAUUUACGUUUACGACAAACGGCAAACGUGAAUUUGUACCACGUGACCAAGUUUUUCCCUUAAUUGUCGUUUACUGUUUAUCGUUUCAACUGAAAAAAAUAAGUAGUUUCACGCCACUUUUAUACAUAACAAUUGUUCUGAACAGUUUUUAUUUUCUAUUCUGAGAAAUUCUCAACUUGAAUCUGACGUUUGCCGUUCAGCAUAAACGCGAAUCUUUUUUUUCACCUUUUUCCUCCACUACGGAGCCUGGUUCCAGGAUAUUUUGGUUAUGUAGUUCGCCAUCUUAAUUUCAUCAUCUCUUCUUGGGUACCACACAGACUGAAAUUUCUGCAUGUAAAACCCCCAAAAAGUUGUUUCGCCUUCUAAGUACUUCCUGGUACUAGAAUUUUCCUCUCUCCAUGUAAACAACCCCUUAAAUUACUUCACCUCCCCUUAAUCUAGGCUCGAUUUCUGCCGAUUGUUCGGGUCCGCCAGAGGAGAGAAGCGUGCGCUCAUUUCCCGAUCAGCGGCUGGUAAUCGAGCCUUCCCUUGUAAUAAAUUAUAAUUUAAUAAUUUAUGAUGAUUUAUGACUAACAAUAGACGACUGUUUAACUGUGACAAUAGACGGAUCGAAACGCACCAAUUACUGAUUACGAGUCUUCAUAGCCAAUAACAUCACGGCUUAACUGACAGACGACCAAUAACAUCGCAAAGUAAUUGACCAAUCAGAUCAAUAACCAGAGUAUAAUACCAUCAACUGACGUGAUACAACUCACUUUCACUCUGAAGAUGACUACCGCACAGGUUGUUGAAACGCCAGUUACUGUCAACAACAACAGUCCUAUUCAGGACUACGUUCACCCGGACGAUCAAACUCAACCAACUUUUAAUAAUUUAUAUUCGUAAAUAAACUCUUUUUCUUUUUCAAUCUUCCAGGGACACUUCUUGGCGCUUAUCGCAUGGGUGACGUUCUUCCCCACGACCAUGACGCGGACAUGUCAUUUCUUGUGACUUCAAACAUUUCUCAAGCCUUUCAGGAAUUGGCCAAGUCCGGGAUCGCAGCAGUGGGAAUUAAAGCGAGAUUCAAUGGCGUGAUACUUGACUUUGUGCCAUGGAAACCUCAAUAUCGAACCACUCACGAAGGGACACAAUUAAUGCUGUAUAAGUCAUACCCUUCAUACGUAUUAGAAAAUGAUAACAUCAUGAAUAGAUAUCAUCAUAAGUUAGAAACAUUUCCAUAUUCCUGGGCGUUUCCCGCGGGGAGAAUCAAUUUUCACGGAGUCUCUGCUUCUGUCCCUCACUCACCAGAGAAGUUACUGUCCUUCCGAUAUCCUUAUACCUUUGGCCUUUUUGGAGUGCGAAUGCAAACGCCAUAUAAAUGGAAGUGUUACAUUCCGUGUUGGUUGAGAAAAAGCAAUGGAUGUUAGAGGGACUAGGGUGCUAUUUUAUGCAAUUUCAGAUCACAGAACUGAAAGAAAUGUCAAAAUUAGAGCAAUUUUCGUAUGACCUUGAAUUAAAAACGCACGAAUAAAACACAAACAACAAACGAACGGAAAUAGAGUGAUUUGAUUGGUUUAUCGAACGGAUGCAAACACGCAUGGCUUUUGGUUGGGUAAGGGAACGCUCGGCGGAGAAAAAUUCAUGCCCGAAGAACUUUUUAGAAAUCAAUCGAUACUUUGCUUUGACGUCAUACUGCAACAGUAUUGGCCAAUCGAACAAUACCUUUUCCAUAUUAGCAUUCCACUGGCUGAUUAACAUAACUAACGAACACUUACCAAAACCAUUUUUCAGGUUCAUACGAAAAACGGUCUAUUGCUUCAAACUGUACAACAACACACCAAAAUAAAGAUCAUAGG